UUUCGCUGCCUCGCGAUUCUCCUAUCUGCCACUUCGUGAGUCCAGAGUACUCGCUUCCCUGGGCUAUAAGAGGAACCGGGGUUCCCUCUUUCCCAGAGGACGUGCUCUGCUCACACACAUCUCCUUCUCAGGCAGCAGCUGUUACAGCCUUCACAGUUCUCUUAGGCUGCCUAUCAUCUCAUCUGCUUCUUCCUUUUGAGGUAGAUAGGGUGCCAAUAUGGGGAGUUUGCACAAGACCACCGUCGUCCUCCUCUUGUUCUGCUUGGCGGUACUGGGAAGAGCGGAUUAUCUCAAGUACAAGGAUCCGAAACAGCCCGUUGGUGCUCGUGUCAAUGAUCUGCUUGGGCGGAUGACUCUCGCAGAAAAGAUCGGCCAGAUGACUCAGAUUGAGAGGGAAAAUGCUACCACAGGGGUGCUAUCCAAAUACUUCAUAGGUAGUGUGCUGAGCGGCGGAGGCAGUGUGCCUGCUCCUCAAGCCUCUGCUGAGACCUGGGUUUCAAUGGUGAAUGAAAUGCAGAAAGACGCUCUUUCUACCCGCCUAGGUAUUCCGAUGAUCUACGGUAUUGAUGCUGUGCAUGGUCACGGUAAUGUCUACAAAGCUACGAUCUUCCCACAUAAUGUUGGGCUUGGAGCUACCAGGGACCCUGAGCUUGUAAAGAGGAUAGGAGAAGCAACUGCUCUGGAAGUCAGGGCCACAGGAAUUCCUUACGUCUUUGCUCCGUGUAUUGCGGUUUGUAGAGACCCAAGAUGGGGACGGUGCUUUGAAAGCUACAGUGAAGACCCAAAGGUUGUCCAGUCAAUGACCACAAUUAUCUCCGGCUUGCAAGGCGACGCUCCACCAGGUUCUGCAGGAAGACCAUACGUUGGUGGAAGUAAGAAAGUUGCUGCAUGCGCAAAGCACUAUGUUGGUGAUGGUGGUACUUUUAACGGGAUUAACGAGGGCAAUACUAUCAUCGACAGAAAUGGGCUCAUGAAAAUCCACAUGCCUGCCUAUUUUAAUUCUAUCAUCAGAGGUGUAUCUACUAUUAUGGUCUCAUACAACAGUUGGAAUGGAGAAAAGAUGCAUGGCAAUCAUUUCCUAAUCACUGAUUUUCUCAAGAGCAAGCUCAAAUUUAGGGGUUUUGUGAUUUCAGACUGGAAGGGCAUUGAUAGGAUUACUACUCCCCAACACUUGAACUAUACUUAUUCAAUUCAGGCUGGAAUUAGUGCUGGUAUUGACAUGAUCAUGGUUCCUUUUACCUACACAGAAUUCAUUGAUGGUCUGACAUCGCAAGUUAAUAACAAGAUCAUCCCGAUGAGCAGAAUCGAUGAUGCUGUCUACAGGAUUCUUCGGGUCAAGUUCACCAUGGGUCUAUUUGAGAACCCUUACGCUGAUCCAAGUCUGGCUGGUGAACUCGGAAAGCAAGCACACCGGGAACUCGCUCGGGAAGCCGUCAGGAAGUCAUUGGUUUUGCUGAAAAAUGGAAAAUCUGCAUACACUCCAUUGUUGCCUCUCCCAAAGAAGGCCGGUAAGAUCCUCGUCGCCGGAAGCCACGCCGACAACUUGGGCAACCAGUGUGGAGGAUGGACAAUCACAUGGCAAGGAUUGACCGGCAACAACAACACUGCUGGCACAACUAUCCUCUCGGCGAUCAAGUCUACUGUCGACCCCAGCACCGAGGUGGUUUUCUCAGAGAACCCGGACAGCGCCGCCGUGGACAGCGGCAAGUACGACUACGCGAUCGUGGUGGUCGGCGAGCCUCCAUAUGCCGAGACAUUCGGCGACAAUCUGAACCUGACAAUCCCUGCUCCCGGCCCCUCAGUGAUCCAGACCGUCUGCAAGAGCGUCAAGUGUGUGGUGGUGCUCAUCUCUGGCAGGCCCCUGGUGCUGGAGCCAUACAUUGACGCCAUUGAUGCGUUCGUGGCCGCGUGGCUGCCCGGCACGGAAGGCCAGGGCGUUGCCGACGUGCUAUUCGGUGACUACGGGUUCACUGGGAAGCUAGGGCACACUUGGUUCAAGUCAGUGGACCAGCUGCCGAUGAAUGUCGGUGACAAACACUACGACCCGCUGUUCCCCUUCGGGUUUGGCCUCACCACGGAGGCGAAGAAAUGAGUCCGAUGAGAUAAUAGAGAUGGAAUAAUGUCAACUGGGAUCUAAAAGAUGAGAUACUAUACCUGAGUUUGUGGUUGACUUUCUGCAGCAAUAAAAGUGUAGAAGCAUUCUUGAA